GAGGACGAUGCAACUACGGAGCCCGAGCCCGCUGCCGAGCCCCUGCCCGGUAACCCUGCCCGCCCGGUGAGCGAUGCCAAGCCCCAGCCCGAUACCACUAGCCACCCGGUGACCGAUGCCAAGCCCCAGCCCGAUACCGCUAACCACCUUGUGACCGAUGCCAAGCCCCAGCCGGAUAGCGCUGGCCACCUUGUGACCGAAGCCAAGCCCCAGCCCGAUACCGCUGGCCACCUCGUGACCGAUGCCAUUCCCAAUCGGGGUGGCAUCGAACCCUUACCUGCUGCCGUUCAGAAUACCUUGUCGCACCUCGUUGGGCUCAUAGAUCGCCUCCAGCUGUCUGACACGCAGAGAGCACUUCUGCGGCCCGGGACAGCGGACUUCAACAUCUUGGCGGCAACACUGGCCAGCGAAGAGCAGACAGCAGCAGGACCGCAGCCGACCAAGCCGUCGCCAUCAGACGAAGCAGCUGGACCCCAACCCGAACCGGAGAAGCCAUCGCCGUCAGAAGCAGCUCCGGAGAAGCCAUCGCCAGCAGAAGCAGCCGGACCCCCACAGACAGCCGAUGUCCAGAUGUCAGCACCCCAGGCUGCCAACCCCAACCCCGCACCGGGUCUGACGGCUCCCGAGAAGCCAGCUUGCUCCGGGGGUGAUGGUAAGAGCAUGGACGACCGAUUGGAUGAGAUUGAGAAGCAAUUGAAGAGAGACUGGCAGGAGCAGAAUCCCGAGACCAACAUCCGCCCGCAUCCGGAUUUCCCAAAUCGGAAGGAUAUGAAGUUGUAUCGCCGAUGGAGGGAGUACACCGAGGCUGAGAGGAGAUUGAACGAGACCAGCAUUUCCUACGAGAGGGAAGGCGAGGCGGGAGCCUGGGGUGACUUGCCCGAGGAUGAUUCCAACGAUGCAGGCCAGGCUAACAAAGGAACGGGCAAGGGCAAAGGAAAGAGCAAACGCAGGGCAAAGCCAGAGGAUGCAAAGGCUAAAUCCACCGAUCAGCUGGCGAAGGCAGCAGUGACGGUUGCGAAUGCCAACUUGUUUGAAAUCAAGUCGUAUCGCCCAAAGCUCGAGAAGGCUGGUGUGUGCUUCAGCUGCAAUUGUAUUUUUAAAACGCAUGGCCAUAAAGGCGUCGUAGCUGCAGUCAUCGCUGUACCAGCCUUGUAG